CGCCUCGUGACACUUGUUGGCACUAGGGUUUACUCGGUAGCCUAGGCCUCCUCUCGGGGCAUCGUCAACUCUGAAGUCUUAACUGGAUUAAAAGUUUAUUAGAGAUAUUCAACAGCCAUAGCGAUUUAGACAGAGAUAAAAGCCUGAGUAGCGCCCGGCAUCAACUACUUUGUUCGUCUAAUUCUGCAAACCCAUCCAGUCCCCCACACAUAUAAGCCUCCAGCAUCUUCAAGCAUCACAAUAAGAAAGGACCUUGUAUUCCAAGGCAAAGACAUCGGUACCAAAUUACCUCAAAGCAACGGUCAAAGAAAACCACAAUGUCAUCCGGCCCUGAGACCGUUGCCUUCCUCGGUGCCAGCACCGGAGUGGGCCUCUCGGCACUUAAGCACACCCUCGCCACGGGCCGCAGAUGCAUCGCUCUCUGCCGCAACCCAGAAAAGCUGUCUGCUAUCCUCCCGGCCACAUCCAACCCUAACCUCGAGAUCGUGCAAGGGAACGCCCACGAUGUGGCCGCCGUCUCGCGUUGUCUCCAGCCUUCGUCCGGCGCACUAGUCUCCACCGUUGUCUCCACCAUCGGCGGCGCCUUCAUCUUCUCCAAGAUGACGCUCGACGACCCAGAAGUCUGCCGGAAAGGCAUGGUAACACUCCUGGAAGCCCUGGAUCAGCUGCGUCGCGACGGCGCCGUGGGCAAGCCCCACAUCAUCAUUUGCAGUACGACGGGCAUGUCGCGCUUCGGUCGCGACACCCCGCUCGCUGUGGUCCCGAUGUACAAAGUGCUGCUCAAGGUGCCGCACGAGGACAAGAUCGUCAUGGAGGACCUGUUGGUCGAGAGCGAAGAGGAGUACACCAUUGUCCGCGCCAGCUUGAUGGUGAAUGGAGAGACGACUAAGAAGAUCAGGGUGGGCAUUGAGGACCCCAGGACUGGACGGGAGUCCGAUGCUAUUGGUUAUACGAUUAGCAGGGAGGAUGCUGGAAGGUGGGUCGCCGAGAACCUGGUUCUGAGUAGGGAUGGGAGGUACAACAAGAAAAUUGCGACGAUUACGUAUUGAAGGGUGAUGGAUGAAGAGACUAGGGCUUGCACACAGGGUGGCUCAAUGGUGUAGACUGUUCUCAUUUGUUUCUUAAUAGGGAGCGCUGUCUAUUAUAUCUUAGUGGAUAGAUUAGCAGGCCUUUUCCGAUACGCAUCUCAAAACCUGUAUCAAAUUAUGCAGUGCUAUCUAGUACGAGAAAUGUGAAAAACAACACGGG